CUCUUCACCCCUUUCCCUGGAGAGGCAACUCUGGCUGGCAGUGUGCUAGGUGUUCCUACAUCUUGUAGUGGUGGCUGUUAUUUGUCUGGGUUUGGUGGUGAGUUUGCCCUUGAGCUAAUUCAGGUUUGGGCAUCUUGGCUGAGCCCUUUUGGAGUUCAGGCUGAUUUCUUCCUCCUUCACACUCUAAAACCUUACUUUCUAGAUCUCCUAAUCUUCCUGUCCGGUACUAGCCAGGGGGGAGAAAUCCUAUUCCCUUUCCUUCUUCCUUCUUCUUAAUCUCCUUCACUAUAUCAAUUAAAUCACCAUAAAAUUUCCAGCUGACUUGGGUAUUUUAUUAUUUGGGAUUUUCCCUGGUGACCAAUUACUUUUAGAUUUUAAGUCACAACUCUAAAAUAUUCCUUUACAAUGGUCAAUCACUAGUGAAAGCUAUAACAGUGAUCAAUAUCUGGGGACAAGAUACCCUUUUACAUCUUUACAUUUCGUACAGACUCCAGUAGGAUGACCUUAUGCACUGAGGCAAUCCCUGGAAGAGUUUCCACCUAGGAAAGUUUUCUCAAUUAAGAAAAAUAAUCUGCAGGUCUCAAAUGCCCAGAGAGAGGUCUGUAAUUUGGAAAGUUCAGUAUUCUGAAGAAUAAUAGCAAAAUGAACUCCUUUCAAAAUUCAAUAGAUGGAAUUCAAACAGGAAAUGGCAAGUGUUAUAAUGGGGAUUUGGAGAGAGCCCACCUUUGUUUUUACAAAUUUUAAAGCAGGAUUUAGCUAAUAUUUUUUUAGGGGAGCUAUUUAAUACAAUUUAUGGAUAAUUUGCUUUUAGCAGCACCAUGUGCCCAUGUGAUUCAGGAAGACAGUAGAAAUUUUCUCUUGGAGUUACACAGGAGAGGCCACAAUGUUUCUAAGGCAGAGGUUUGUGAUGUUUCCUAAAGGCAGAAUAUUUAGGCUGUUUUGACUGCUAGAGCCCAUUCCUUUUCCCCCUAAUGCAUUGAAACUAUUUAGCAACUGGCUAUUCCAUCUAUUAAGAUAAGCAGCUGAGAGCACUCCUAGGGGCAACAGAGUUCUAGUCAAUGUAUUCCUCAUUAUGGGGAAAUUAUUAAACCCCUUGUACCUCUGACAAAAGACUCAGUCCCUGAACCACUCCAGUUAGAUUCAGUACAUCUGUCAAUUCUUUCAGACUUAAAACAAUCCAUUCUGUCUAUCCCUGCUCUAAAUUAUAGAUUAUAAAAAGUCAUUUACCUUGCAUGUACCCAGCAUUCCCUGCAGUCCCCAGGGUUCCUUCCCCCUACUUCCUGGAGCAGGAUUGGUUUAUAGACCACACCUAGGGAUGGACUUUGAAUUGGUUUGUAUUCUGUUGAGUUUUCUAAGUGGAGGGGAAGAGCAGGAGCUUGCUAGAGAAGAGACCUUUUCAUUUAUUAAUAAAGUCCUUUCUUUUCCCUACUUUCUGUAUUUUUAUUAACUACAAUUGGUGACCAAAAGGGACAGAGGACCUUCAGGUAAGUAGGAACAUCCCCCCUCCCAGUUUCCCCAGGCUCCCUACCCUCCUGCCCACACAAAAGGUGGGAAGCCACUUUCUAGCGGCUCCUUUCUCAAUCCAGCUUCCACCCAAUCUCCUACUCUUCAUCCCUCACUCCCUCCUCUUUCCUCCUUCCCACUGUGCAUUUUGAAAUGGAUCUAAGCCCUGGGAGACUAUAUCUCCCAGGACUCUCUGCUGAAACUUCCUUGGAAACAUUCCACUAUCUUUGUGGGAAAUAUCUGAGGGAGAAUAAAAGGAGACAGAAGAGUGGAUUUUGGCACCUUUUCCCCUGAACCUGGGUGGAGAGCUUUGGUCCUUUCGUAGCUGCUAGAGAUCAAACUUUCCUAUACUUUCCCAAACCUAACCUUUCCUAAAAUCCCAAAUAAACCUCCCUGACUUUCUACUGAAUCUAGCUUUGAUUUGAUUUAAACUCCCUAACCUAGCUAAGAAGAAAGCCUAAUCAAUUCCCCUGCUUCCAGUCAAGGGGGAAGGACCCUCAGCCACCUUCCUACCUUCCCUUUUCCUUAUCCUUCCCCUCCUUUUUUCCCUACCACACAACUCUUACUUUUUACUCCUCCUCUUCCUCCAACUCUUCCUGCUUCUCCAGACCCUCUGCUGAAAUCUCCUUUUCAUCAGACCCCCACUGUGCAGAGCUCUUUUUUCCCUGCCAGUUUUUCCAGUUGACCCCUGCCUGCCCCCUCUGUGAGCUCUUCUCAGAUCUGCUCUUCUGCCAUCCUCCUUCCCCUCUUCCUCCACCUCCUCCUUCUCCCUGCAUUAGCAACAAGUGCUUCCCCUACCAGUGCUGGCUACUUUCCCGCCAUUUCCCCCCAAACCCCUCUCUCCCUGCUGCAAGCUCUUGGAGCCUCGCUCCCACCAUUUUCCUCCUCCUUCCUCCAGAGGCUUUCCUCCUCCCUGCUACCACAGCCUCCUUCCCAGCUCAACCCAGAUCCAGAUUUGCCCUGUGUACCCUGGAUCCAGAUCUCCCCUGUGCUCCCCAAAUCCAGAUCUCCCCGGUGUUUGCCAUCUUUCUUUUUUUUUUCCUGCCUACUACCCCCUCAAGCUUCUCACUUGUUCUAGCCCACUUUCACUUCCUUCCCCAGUUGCUACUGUUUCUCUCUUCCUCACUCUCUCUUCCUGCCUUGCCAGGUUAAGUCUGUCCACUCAGGGGCUUGGCUACACCCCCCAUAGUACCCCUCAGACUUCCUCCCAUCUGAGGCCUUCCUUGCUGGCCACCCACACCCAUCACCUGCCAUGGACCCUGCCCAUGCUUAGCACCAGCCAAGCCAUUCCCAGCCCUGGUUCCUGAGCUGCUCCUGACUGCAUCAGCCUAAAGCCAUGAUGGAGAACCUAUGACGUGUGUCAGCACUGACACACGUACCCAUUUUCGAUGACACACAGCAUGUAGCCAUAUACAGAGAAGUAUGGGGUUGCAUGCCAAGAGGGACAUUUCAUCCUUGGCUCCUGCACAGCCAGGUGCAAUAGUUGAGGAUAAAAUAUUUGCUGUAGUGUAGUGUAGAGACACUCUGUGCCUAGAGGUUUGUAGGCCCAAACAAUAGAACUCCGGCCCAGAGCAUCUUGUUCUGGGACUGCCAGUUAGGCCAUUAGGGGAUCAUUGACCUCACUUGGGGUUGACGGAGCAGGGAGCAGUGGGUGGGGACACAUCUUUGGGGGCCCUGUGAUCACCAUUGCCAGCAACCACAUAACAACAGCAACCAUCAUUCAAUCUACUGUUCUGGGGUUUCAUUAUUACUGAGAUAAGUAAGGGGGAGGCUGGGAGAGUUGAGGACCUGUGCUAUGGGUGCUGUUUCCCGCCAUUAGAAAUAUUGGCAGCCAUCUUACUUUACAUAAGGAAUGCAAUCUUGCAGCAUAGUGCAAACUCCAUUUCACUACUAUUUCUGUUGUGGAUCCUUAUUUACCCCCAUUUUUGCUUAUUAACCCUACCCUUUCCUAAAAGACAGUUAUAUGUGCUAUCUUGUGAUCAGUUAGGCUAGUUAACCCCUAUUUGCCUGCAGGGCUAACAGGCUAUCUAUAAUUCUAUCUUGUCACUGUGCCCCGAUGGAGAACCCCAAAAAUGAAAAAAACAAAGUUAAGUAAAGGAAGUGGUAAAAGCAGUAGCUGAUUCUUUCAAGAGACAUGUACUGAGAUAUAUGGCAUUAUAGAAAAAAGUGAUAGAUCAUUUUGUGUAUGAUUCCUAAGCUGGCUCUUGACUUGGCCACGUUGCCUUUGUCCAGGGCAAACUCAUUAACAUAGCAUGAGGAGCCAAACUCAUUUGCAAAGCACGGGUUAGAUUUACACACUCCUCUUUGUUGUUAUCAUUAUCAUUUCAACCAAUGUCAAUCUACUAUGCUUUGUUACGUAUGCAUUGAACACCUCCCAAUCCACAGCUCAAUAAAUGCGGGUGAGGGGUACUGUUCCUUCUCUUGAUUCCUAUUCUCCCGUUGGAUAUUCUUGACUUUUGACUCACUUGAUUCUCUAUUCUCCCUCUUGAUUCCUGCUACCCCAGAGUUCUUCUCCUAUCUCUCCCUAUCUCCAUUCAGGAAUACUUACUUCCACGUGUUCUCUUAUUUCCCAUUUUUCCUGUUAUUAAUUUGCCAGGGAAACAUCACAGGCACACCCACCGCUCCCAUAUCAAUUAACUUGUCUGUGUCUCUUGAUUUAUCACCCAUUUUCUUCAGACUCCUUUCUCCUUCUCAAGUUACAACCCACAAAGGAAAAAUUUUAUGUAGCAACUGCUGGUCAGACUGCUAUACUUCCCUGGUCUCCAGAUGCAAAGGGAGGAUCCCUCACCACCUAUGCCUCAGAAGGAAGAUCCUUCCCCACCUAUUCCUCAGGGGUCGUAAGGGGCUGGUCCCCGACAUCUGGCGCCCAACAUGGGGCCCGAGCGACCACCGGACGACUGAGGAAAAGUUCGGCGCCGAAAUCGAGACUACAGUAACGGGUAGGGAUCGAACAAACGAUCCUGAGGAAGGGUAAGUCGUCCCAUUUAUAUCUCCCUCUCAAACCCCAUUGUGUGAAUGGUCGACUGUAUGUGUGUGUAUUAAUGGCAACGGAAUAACGGUCCCCUUAUAUAUACGAGUAAUAGGGCGCCCUUCGGGGAACCUGGCCGGGGCUUGUACGGCACGCCUACGCUCAAAUAUAAGGGACCCCUCUUUGAUCAAAGAGGAGAGGCCAAUUCGUGGAGAAUUGAUCUCGCGGUUCGACUGCCGUUGACCUGUUUCUGAGUGUUGACCUGGAAGUACUGCGUUUUCGUCCCUGCGCGAGCACGGCGGCCAGGAAACCAGGGAAGUGAGACUUAUGUGUGACUGAAAAUGGGGAAGACACUGUCUAAGGAAGCUCUGUUUAUAAAAGAAUUAAAAGAAAGAAUUAAAGAGCGCAAUGUAGAAGUUAAGAAAAGAGAUCUGUUGCGCUUCUUCUCCUUCAUUGAACAACGUUGCCCGUGGCUCAUUCUCCAUGGCCCUGGCAUUCACCCCCUAACUUGGGAAAAGGUUGGCCGAGACCUUAAUGAUUUCGCACGCUCAGGUCAACCCAUCCCUGAGGAUUUCUUUACCUUUUAUGGCCUGAUUCGGGACAUCCUUAAAGAGGCUGACUCCAGUACACAGGUCUCCCACCUCCUCAGCCUUGCUGAGGACGCUAUUGAAGAAAGUAAAAAACAGACUGAAGAAACCCCUGAAUUAGACAACAUGGACGAAAAAAACAAAACCCCGUCUCUUUUAGACGAACCUAUUAACACCCCCUCGCACUUACCAAAACCACUGCCUCCCUCCCGCAGACCCGCUCUCUAUCCUGUCCUUUACGAUACCAAUACACCAGAGACCCUCAAUCCCGCAUACCAGACUGAACUGGAUGAGGCGGCAGCCGGAUACCGCCCUCCAGAUUUCCUUGAAAACAAGCCCCCUCCCUACAAUCCGCUUUACCCUUCCCCGAUUUUACCAACUCUUCCCAAUACAAAUGACCUAAAGACAGCCACUGCUCAUUUAACUAAGCAAAUCACUGAUCUCAAACAAUUUAUAGACUUACAACAUGAGAUCGGCCACUUAACAAGCCAAUUACAUGACCUUCAGGUCGCCUCCAUGAAACCAAUAUCACACCCGAAAACGUCUAAAGCCAAACACACCAAACCAAAAACACUUCUGGCCUUCCCGGCGGUCACCAGACGUAGGGCCGCCACGGGGACCUCCCCAGAAGGCAUAGAGGAGAGAUUCUUGCAGCCUCCCCCGGAAGAAAUGCCCCAACCCCACCAAAUUUCACCCCCCGCUUCCUCUGAUUCCGAGAGAGAGGAGGGAGACGAAGAGGCAGACAACACCGAUAUGGCCCAGCAUCAUGAGGCUGAUACCUCCGGUGCUGCCCGGCCCCUUGCCCCUGUACUUAAAAAACUUAAAUUCAAACAGAUCAAGGACCUCCAUUCAGCAGUAAAAAACUAUGGCCUCAAUGCUCCCUUUACCCUUUCUAUCUUGGAAGGUCUCGGGGGAGAAGGGCACUUACUCCCCUCAGAAUGGACUAAGGUUAUACAAUCUGUCUUGUCUAGAGGCCAGUUUUUAACCUGGAAGGCAGAGUUUCAGGAAAGAGUAGAGAAUCAGGCAAAAUUAAAUCUUACGAACCCUCAAACAGCCACUUGGACAGCGGACAAACUCAUCGGUCGUGGUCGUUAUGCCUCUGACACCGUGCAGUUGAGAUUGCCUCCUGGUCUACUUAUGCAAACCGCCCACGCCGCCUUAGCCACAUGGCGCGCUGUCCCUGCCUCCGGGGCUAUCACCGCCCCGAUCUCUAAAAUCCUUCAGGGACCUAACGAGCCCUAUGCUCAAUUUGUAGCCAGACUCUUAGAGACAACGGAAAGGGUCUUGGGACAGGACGGCGCCGAUAACCCAGUGGUUAGACACCUGGCCAUUGAAAACGCCAACCCUGCCUGUAAGGCUGCCCUCAGAGGAAAAUCUAGAGAGCUUGAUCUGAACGGCAUGAUCCGCUUAUGUAAUGAUAUUGACUCUUAUGACCACAGAAUUAACAAAUCUAUCUCCUUAGCUAUUGGAGCCGCCAUUCAGGCCACUCAACAGAACGCUCCCCGGAAUUGUUUUAAAUGCGGCAUGCCCGGACAUUUCACUCGAGAAUGUCCAUACAAUCAAGCCACCUCUAUCUCACCUUUUCGCCCUUCAAAUGUGCCUUCGAGGCCGCCCCCAAGCGUCUGCCCAAAAUGUCGGAAAGGACGUCAUUGGGCACGUGACUGCCGCUCCAAAACUACCUUAAAUGGACAAACUGUUCAACCCGUCCAGGGAAACGGGAUGCGGGGCUCCCUCGGGAGCCCCUUCCCCACGCCCUUGUUCGAGCCACAACAGGCAGCGCAGGCUUGGACCUCUGUUCCUCCUCCACCAGAAUAUUAACCCCUGAGGUCAUUUCCACCGGUGUCACUGGUCCGCCACCCCCUGGCAUGUUCUUCUUAAUCAUCGGGAGGGCACUCACUACUCUACAGGGAAUUGUAGUCCACCCCACAUUAGUGGACAAUGACUAUACGGAGAAAUAAAGCUCAUUGUUGAGUCUCCCCAUGGCCCGGUUACUAUCCCUGCUGGUCACCGACUAGCCCAAGCCCUUCCCCUUCCCAUGAUGGGUGACUUCCCUACCAUCGAACAAACAAAGGGCCCUUCAUCUCCAGGAUCAUCAAACAUUUAUUGGGCACAACAAAUUACUGAAUCCCGUCCCACCCUCCAGUUGUCUCUCGACGGGAAGAAAUUUAUCGGGCUACUUGACACCGGGGCCGAUUCCACGGUCAUUUCCCACAAACACUGGCCUUGUGCCUGGCCCCUUCAGCCCUCUACCACUCAUUUGUCCGGCAUAGGGCAAGUCAAUUACACACUUCAGAGUUCAAAGUUCCUUACUUGGAGAGAUGCUGAGGGUAACACCGGCACGACUCGACCCUAUGUAGUCAAAGGGCUCCCUGUUAACCUCUGGGGCAGAGAUAUUCUCGCUCAAAUGCGACUCCUCAUGGUGAGCCCCAGCGACCCUGUCACACAAAUGAUGCUUAAAUCUGGCUUCCUCCCAGGAAAAGGGCUUGGCAAAAAUGAACAGAGCGACCCUCAACCUAUCUCCCUUACACCUAAUAAAGAUAGAGCAGGCUUUGGGUCACAAAAUUUUUCAUAAAGGCCACUGGUCCUCCUGCACCCCAGGCAGAUAAGAUAACUUGGAAGUCUGAUUCCCCUGUCUGGGUCGACCAGUGGCCCCU